AUGGCGACUCUAGUUGACUCGAUCCUUAAUUCAGACGCCUUCGGCGCGACACCGUCGUCACCGCGGCGGACUCAGAAUGGCCUUCCUUCCUCCUCCAGACCGCGCCCCUUACCCUCCGAGAGCAAUGGCAUACCCUCCGAAGCCGAUGUCUUCCCAGAUGACGAAGUUGUUGGCGCAGCUCGCGGUAGACCCCGGAACCCUCUAGACCGCAAUGUAUCACAGGUCACGGACAAGGCAGGCGAAAAAGUACAACAAGCCUUUGAAGAUUUCCUCGAGUCCCACAUCGAAGAACCCUCCUCCUCAGGAGCCCCUCCCUCGAGCGAGUUGAGAACAAACAAAUACUACAUUAAUCAGAUUCAUGGCUUGCGGGAAUUCCAACUUUCGACGCUUUACGUCGAUUACCGCCAUCUGCUAUCUUACAAGGAAGGCCCUAUUUUAGCAGAUGCCAUCGCACAACAAUUCUAUCGAUUUCAUCCAUUCCUACUCAGGGGGCUACACAACCUCCUGGCCAAAUAUGAGCCGGUCUACUUCAAAGAUCACCGUCAGAUGACCAGCAAUGCUUCGCAGGCAGGUACCUCAAUGGCGGGCAAUGCGACCAGCGAGGGGAGCAGUCAGGGUGAUAAACCACUGAAUCCACAAGCGGACAAACUCUUCGCGCUAGCAUUUUACAACCUUCCCCUAGUGUCUCGAGUACGGCAGCUUCGAACAGAUCAAAUAGGCAAAUUACUUUCGAUUUCGGGUACUGUGACGAGAACAUCAGAAGUUCGUCCCGAGCUGGCCCUCGGAACCUUCAUUUGCGAAGCAUGCAACACCACAGUGCCAAAUGUUGAGCAGACGUUCAAAUACACAGAACCUACAGUGUGCCCUAACCUCACUUGUGGCAACAAGAUCGCGUGGCGAUUGGAUAUCCGAAACAGCACGUUUGUGGAUUGGCAGAAAUGUCGGAUUCAGGAGAACAGUUCUGAGAUCCCCACCGGAAGCAUGCCUCGCACAAUGGAUGUUAUUCUUCGAGGAGAGCAAGUCGAGCGGACGAAGCCUGGGGAGAAGUGUGUCUUCACAGGCACCCUGAUAGUUGUGCCAGAUGUCUCUCAGCUGGGAAUUCCAGGCGUAAAGCCAGAGGCCUCGAAGGACAAUCGAAAUUUUCGGGGUGCAGAUGCUGGUGGCGCAGGAGUAUCCGGCUUGAAGGCACUAGGAGUCCGAGAUCUGACUUACCGGAUGGCAUUCAUGGCCGGCUUCUCUUGCCCUGACACCACUACUGCUGGUCAGGCAGCGAGUCAACUGAACGGUCAAUCAACCAACAUCCUGAAUUCCUUACACCAGACCGAUCUCUUUGAUCAGUACGACAGUGGUACAAAGGCUCAGGAGGCGUAUUUGGAAACUCUUACACAAGCCGAAAUCGAUGACCUGAAAUAUAUGGUCCAUACCGACAAGAUCUACAGCCGACUUGUUCAGAGCCUCGCUCCCAUGGUCUACGGCCAUGAAAUAGUCAAGAAAGGUCUGCUGUUACAGCUCUUGGGAGGUGUGUCAAAAAUGACCCCAGAAGGAAUGCCACUUCGAGGCGACAUCAACAUCUGCAUCGUUGGCGACCCGUCAACGUCCAAAUCCCAAUUCCUCAAGUACAUUGCUUCUUUCCUUCCUCGAGCGGUCUACACCUCCGGAAAAGCGUCCAGUGCAGCAGGUCUAACAGCUGCUGUGGUCAAAGAUGAAGAGACUGGCGAACACACCAUUGAAGCCGGCGCGCUCAUGCUCUCUGACUCGGGAACAUGCUGUAUUGACGAGUUCGAUAAGAUGGAUUUGACCGACCAGGUCGCCAUCCACGAAGCCAUGGAACAGCAGACCAUUUCCAUCGCGAAAGCGGGCAUUCAUGCCACGUUAAACGCGCGCACAAGCAUCCUAGCUGCCGCCAACCCCAUCGGUGGUCGCUAUAAUCGCAAAGCGACUCUCAGGUCAAACAUCAACAUGUCGGCUCCCAUCAUGUCUCGCUUUGACCUCUUCUUCAUCAUUCUCGAUGAAUGCAAUGAGACGAUAGACCGUCACUUGGCUGACCACAUCGUCAACCUGCACAUGCUGAAGGAUGAUUUCGUGCAGCCUGAAUUCUCCACUGAACAGCUUCAGCGGUAUAUCAGAUUCGCGCGCACCUUCAAGCCCGUCUUCCUACCUGAAGCAAAAAAGCUCCUGGUAGAAAAGUACAAAGAGCUGAGAGCGAAUGAUACUGGUGGCGUGGUUGGGAAGAAUUCCUACAGGAUCACUGUCAGGCAGCUGGAGAGUUUGAUCAGGUUGAGCGAAGCAAUCGCCAAAGCGAAUUGUGUGGAAGAAAUAACGGAAGUCAUGGUAUAUGAGGCUUUUGAUCUGCUUCGUCAAUCAAUCAUCAGUGUCGAGAAAGACGAUGUCGAUGUCGAAGACGAUGAAGAGGAGAGCCCGAACCGAGAAGAUGACGCAGGGAACCAACGAGAUGGAGAUAGUCCCAUGGCUGAUGGUGACAACGACCAACAAGGCGCAGCCGGCACAGGCCAUCGCGGCACCUCUGCAACCCCUGCUGCAGCUCCACGACCCACCACGAAAAUCACCUUCGAAAAGUUCAACACUAUUCAAACCAUGCUGGCAACGCGCAUACGAGAUGAGGAAGACCGCACGGGUGAAGGCCCCGAACGCGAUGCAUUAUUGUUAUGGUACUUGGAGCAGAUCGAGGAGCAGUUGGGAAGCGAGGAAGACGUAGAGCGCGAGAGAGGUCUGGCAAGGAAGGUGCUGAAGAAGAUGGUUAAGGAUAACAUCAUCAUCGCGAUCCGCGGAGAAGGCCUCGUUGAAGGAGACGAAGACGGCGCAGGCGAGCCUUCGAACCAGCGACUGACUUAUGCUCUGCACCCGAACUGCGGCAUCUUCGACGACGAAUGA